GGGUGGGGAGAUCGCGUAGCGGAUGACUACAGCAAAUGGCUGAAAGUAGUUUUUCCGCUGGGGCUUCCUAGCUACCUCGCAAAAAGCCUGCUCUCUAGCGAACGGAGCGAGUGCGCCUUUGGCAGGGGGAUUGCCCCUCUACCACGUGAGGAAAUUCGGGAUUGGCAGCGUCUGUCGGGCGGCAAUAUUUUAGAGACCUAAAAUAAACCCAUGCCCACGCCCCCUUAGUUCCCUGGACCCUACCUGGGACAAUGGUACUUCAUUGCGGGUGCAGCUCCUACAAAGGAGGACCUGAAAACCUUUGUCCCUAUGGACAACAUUCUCUUCAACAUGGCUGCUAGCCAUGUUCCACAAAAGCUCCAGCUACGGGCCAACAUCAAAAUGAAAAAUGGGCAGUGUAUACCCCGAGAAUGGACUUACCAUCUGACUGAAGGGAGCACAGAUCUCAAGACUGAAGGUCGCCCGGAUAUGAAGACUGAACUCUUCUCCAGCUCUUGCCCAGAUGGGAUCAUGCUGAGAGAGACAGGACAAGGUUACCAGCGCUUCCUCCUCUACAACCGAUCCCCACAACCCCCUGAAAAAUGUGUGAAUGAAUUUCGGUCCCUGACCUUUUGCUUGAACUCAACAGUCUUCCUGCAGACCCCCAGGGAGAAAGAGGCCUGUGAGUUGUCCAGUGACUGACCUGUGCCCUCUAGGGAGCUGGAGACUUCUUGCUGCCUUCAAGAACAAUAAAGAUGAUUUUCUGAU